AUGAUGCGUCGCAACUCCGAUAUCGAGAUCCAACUUCCAGAUGCUGGCUCGACCCCCCUUUCCCCGGAAACCGUGAGCGAGCCGGACGUGGAAAUGCUUUCCGGCGAACCCGCACCUCAGCUGACUCUGCCGCCACACAUCGCCGCUCGCUUCUACCGUCGAAGCAGCAAGGUCCGGCGCGGAUCAACCGCCUCGUCGCGACGCAGCUCUAUUUCCUCCCUCCAUUCACACCAUUCGAACGCCUCGUCCAAUGGCUCGACCAGCGCGGACCACAUCGCCCAGCACCUGCGCCGGACCACCAUCCUGGAAACCCGCAAGGCGCGAUUGGCCGACCGCGCCUUACAUGCUGAGAAGGUGAGAUUGCGUGCCGCGCUCGCAAAGGCGGCCACCCGGAAUUUGCACAUUGAGGAGCGAGCAUUGGCAGCUCAACAGGCCCGGGAACGCCUCCUUGCAGACAUUGCGGCUAAGUGUGAGGAUCAGGUUAAGCGGGCCAAGAAGAAGGCCGAGGAUCAGCGGGAGAAGCAGGCCGCGGAGUUCGCGCGCGCACGGCUGGAGAUGGCAGAGAAGUUUGCCGAGGCUGAGAAGCGACGGACCCUGUACCAGCAAACUCACCGGCGCCAGCGCACCAGCAGCCUGCCUGCGGCGGAGGAGAAGAAGAUGGCCCGCGCGGUGACCAAGUCGCUUACCCAGGAUGCGGCGGCCCGCAAGAUUCAACGGGUUUGGAGAACCCACCAUGCGAAGGCUGUGAUGCAGGAAUUCAAUGGGUUGAAUCUCUCAGUGGAACGAGUCCGGGAAAUGUCGUUCGAGGAAGUGGGAGCCCUGCUCUCUAACCGCGAAGUUCUGAACACCAUGACCAAGGUUCUUCGGCUUUGUGGACUGCAGGAUAUGGAAGGUGGUGCGCUGGGCGAGCGCGGCGCGGUGCGGACGUUCCUCAGCACAUAUCUGAUUGUCACGCAUCCCGCGGAGGUUCUGAGCGGAGACGGCGAGCAGGAGCAGGAUCUCAUUUCCAAGGCGCGCGAGCUCCUGGUGGUCUUCGACCAGGUCACUGGGCUGCUUUCAUCUGGCUGCUGCUCUCCAUCUGUGAUCACGGUGGAUCUUCAAAUGCUGUGCGAGUCCCACAAUGUCUUCUUCUCUGCAUUCCAUGCAUGGAAAUCACAUGAUUCAACCGUUUUGAUUGAGAUUAUGUUGGCGCAAUUCAUCGAGCUGGAGCUCAUCUGGCAGACCGUCAAGGACGACCAGGCCGGCGGAGUUGCGGAGGAUUACCGCCAGGGCAUUCGACAGAACCAGAUUCUCCUUCUGGCCCGACUGAAGCGGCUCGCGGGAUCGGACCGGGCCAUGCAAAUGAUCCGCACAUCGCUCAAGAAGGCCAAGCGAGAGAAGAAGCGGUCGUCCUCCAAGCAGGCCAUUCCUCGAUCGGCCGAGGUGGCUACGGCGUCAUCGACCGACGUCUUAACUGAGAGUGUCACAUCUCCCAUUAGCGAAUCCUUCAACAACAUCGAUGCCGCCGUUCUCCAGGAGCUGGAUAAGCAGCGGACGUCGCCGCAUGAGCGGUUCACCAAGAUCCUCACGGCCCUUCCGGACAACCGGGAGCUGGUCCAUGAGCUACUCCUCAACAAAGAAUUCAAGAUCGAGGAAUCGUCCUACACGGGUCCUCGCAGAAGCAUCAUGGAGCAUAUGUGCGAACAAAUGAGACAGGACGUCGAGGCUGGCCAUGGCACUGGUUGGACUGUUGCCAUGGCCACAGUGAUCCAAGACCGACUGCUUCGAUCACUGCGGCCCGGCAAUUCCCUUUACGUACUGAUCAGCGAGGUGCUGGAUCCAAAGCUUGUCGAGAGCCAGUGCAAGGCGGGCUCAUUUUCCUACGACAAUUUCUUCGACUUUAUGAACACCAUUUUGCCACGUCUCUGUGCUCCAUACCGCGAUCCGGCUGUCAAAGAGUUCGCCGAAGACACCUCCGGGGAUGCAAUUGACCGCUUGGCCAGAUUGAUGGGUAUCAUCGAUCUGCUGUCGCUGGACCACACGAACUUUAUGAUUCAGGUUGCCGCGCCGCAAUUGAUACAAGAGGCGCCUGGUUAUGAACAGCGGACGUUCGAUCGAGGCGUUGCUGAUGGGUCAAUCAGCCUGGGCAAGACUCGAAGAUUCUGGCGAACUCACCGCAAGAUGAUCGUCGACGAAAUGAAGAAGCGAGACCCAGAGAAUAUCCAUGGCGAGCCUUGCCCGCCUGCUACACGGGUGUACGCUCAUGGUCUCGCAGAUCUGGUUCUGAGCAAUGGAAUAGUCUCCGAAGAUUUGAUUCCAGAGACGCUGGUUUUGGACCACCAGCGACUGGAACGCUUGCACGCAAAGGCAUUUCAAAUCGUAGCGACCGCAUCCAUCCUCUUGACUGCGAAGAACCUACUCAAGCGGGAUGCUCGGUCCCAGUGGAAGCCUGAGGCGGACCGAAUCAUGUCCCUCGACUUCAACGAGAUCAGUGCCGAGCGUGUCCAGUCUAUUCUCGAAUCGACACACCCGAUGCCGCCCAACGCUAGCGCGCAGCUGGCGUCCACCAUCCGGCGGGUUCUUGCACCAGUCGCGAAGGCCAGCUCUACCGCCGCACCGCAGGCCAGUGUACAAGUCAACGUGAAUACUUCCAGAAUUCCAGCAACUGAACCCAAUGGGAGUGCUCCAUCUGCACCCAGCUUCUCAGACCCGGUUGCCCGGUUAAUUCUCUCCCGUCUACGAAGCCAUAUUCUCUCGCGCCUGAGCGCCUCCAGUGCCUCGGAGCGUGUGAGAGCAACCACAACCGCCAGCCAGAGCCUGGCUGGAGCCGGUAUGCCCGAGUUUGUGAAUGACGUUGGAAAGCUUGUGGAUGAGCUGGAGAAGGUGCGGGAGGUGGAUUGGCUCUGUCAUGGAGCAGUUUACGAUCGUCUAUAUGAAGAAGGUGUUUCCUCGCAGUAG